AUGGACUCCGCAAGCCAUGCCAACGUCACUAGCUCAAGGCUUCAGCAAGCAUUUGAGGCGUCCGUUAUUCCCCAGUCGGGGGCCAAUACCUUCACCAUCGGAAGGAUUUUCGACCCUGAUAGGAUUUUCGACCCUGAUUUUCGAUCCCGGGAUCUCCCGGCGUAUUGCCGCCACCUGCUGCACCAUGUGCCGUGGACGCAAUUUGGCGGCAACCUCAUGCUGCUGGCACGCAUGUACGACAUCCGCGUGCACCACGAGAGCAUGGUGCAGGUGGGCAUUACCAUGAACAUGCGGCCGCAUCUCGGCGAGCCAGCGGCGCAUGUGCCACAUGAUGUCAUCCGUGCCAUGGGCACCAUACUGGUGCUGCCGUAUCGGCACUCGCAGCGACGGCAGCUGCUCAUGCAGCAGUCGCCGCUGGUUAAGGCGCUGGUGGAGGGGGCCCGCCUCAGUACUCUGCGCCUCGACCUCACAGACACGUAUUACAACGGUGCCCAAGCCAAAAUGUGUGCAGCCGCCCUCACCAUUGGCUGGCCCCCGUUGUUCUUCACCGUGAACCCAGCAGACAUGCAUGCGGCCUGUGCAGUCAUGGCAUCCGGGCAGGUGUUGGACUUUGGCGACGAUGGACGACCACAACACAUUCCAAGCACAGUGGAGAAGUGGCGCCAUGUGAAGGACGACCCGCACAGCUGCACCGCCCUGCUGGUGGCCACCAAGGAGGUCCUGGUGGAGGAGCUCUUCGGCUUCAUGCCGGGCGCCAUGCAGCAGACCAACCCGCACUGCUUCUGCGGGCUCACGUUUGAGGUGGCGGUCAAGGUGGAGCAGAGUGGUCGCCUCGCCCUGCACAUCCACGGUGUUGCGCAUGUGGCCACAUUCACAGUCGAGCGACUGCAAGCACUGUUCAGCGGACCCAACUGCCGGGUGCUGGCCCUGGCACACGCAUUGUGCGCCAUGUGGUACCCCUCGCCCUACUACGACCCCUCCACACAUGGUGCGGAUUGCCACAUCAUGGAUAUGACCCUCGAAGAGGCCCAACAGCAUGGUCGUGCACCUCCACCCGUGGACAAGUCCUGCCCGCCUGCGGUGUACAACUUUGGCAGACUCGCCGGCUGCACAGACGACAGCUGUGGCAUGGCAUUCCCGUGUGUCCUGCACAGCACUUUCCAAUGGAUUGGCACCGGCGGCCUCUUCCUGCUGCCAUGCUUGGGCCCAAACAUCGUACCACACAUGCCAGCUGUGGUGCUGGCGUUUGGCUGCAACCAGCUGUUCACUCUGGCAUGUGAGGUGGACCGCGUGUACACAGCAGAGGCAGCGGCACAACUGGCCCACCCUGAAGAUGAGCGUGCUGACUGCGUGCUGCUGCAGCCUGCUGCUGACCGUGCUCGCGACUCUGCUUACUACAGUACCAAGUAUACUGGGAAGAGCAUCAACGACAGUCAGGCUCAGCUGACAUGCAACACUCUCACCCGGGUGCAGGACUUCCUGCUGGCUGGUGGGGUGCCGAAUCCGGGUACCAGUGGGCCCACCGCCUUUGGCAACAUGUGCGCCACUGUACACUGCAUGACUGCUGCCAUCACGGCUGGCAUGGCGCUUGUGGCCAUGAAGCUGGACGGCCACUCCACCUUCGAGGCCAUGUUCGAGAGCGCAUACCUGCAGGUAGACGCAUUCACAGCUCUAUCUGCAGGCGCCAACCAAUGUCCUGAUGCAGCAACCACAGCGGUGGUGCUGGUGGAGGCUGAAGAGCAUGAAGGCUACACAGUGACCAAUGCCGUACAGACCUACAUGCUGUGGGGGCACCAUGAUGGCAGCAGUCAUGCAGUGUACAGUGGUGCACAUGUUGCCAAAGGCGGUGGGCCCACUGGUACCCGGAUUCGGCGCCCCUCCAGCCAGCAGGAAGUCCUGCACCCGGAGUGA